AUGGCUCGUUUCAGUCUCUCCUUCAUCUCCAUUUUUUUGGUCCUUGCGGUCUUCGCCCUCUCCAUGCCUACCAAGCGUGAUGAGCAAGCUGCUACUCAACCUUUCAGCCUCGAUGGCACUCUCAAGGAAUUGAUGCAUGCAUCUAAGUUGAUGGAUGGUCUUGACAACAAGGAUAGCAACGAAAAGGAUAAUGACACCGCUGAAUCCAAGGCGCAGCAGCAGCAGGCCAGCAAGGAGGAGGCUAAACAGGGGGAGGCCAAGGUUGCCGCGAAGCUGGCCGAUAAGGAGGCAGCUGGUGACAAGCCCACUGCCACCCCUACCAAGGGACUUUCCUCCGGCAAUUUCGUGACCCCAACUGCUACUCCCACCCACAAGGCAACAUCUCAGCCUAACGCCUUGGGCAGUCUUCCCCUCAUCGGUGGUCUUCUCGGUGGUGCUGGAGGCGGUCUCUGA